CUAAGAAUAUUCUAAUUAUUUCAUUAGAAUUCAAAUGAAUUUUGUUUUCGAAUUAGAGUUUUCGUAAUUAUAAUACAGCUCAGUUUGGCAACGAAAGACAUUUGUAUUGGCGUUUAUAUCUUAUUCAUUAUUCGUGGUAUAUUCUCUGAAUAAAAUACUAGUAUCGAGGUAAGAUAAUUGUUACAAUUAUUUGAGAUUUUAAUAUAAACCUAUUAUUAAAUGUCGUACAGAUCGAUAUUCUGUAUUUCUGUAUGCCUGAUUACAAAACAUCUGUCGGCUUGUUGGGAAAUGGCAAAGGUUCAAAUGUCAAUUGCACAGCUAGUCUAUAGAUCUAAUAUGUACUGCAUGAAUCUAGUAUUGUAGCAACUGAGCUACAGAGGCCAGUUGUCAUUGGACAGUCUGUCAUUAAACAGCUACAGCUGACUCUAUAGUAGAUUUUUGAUCCUAAAGAUAUCAUUAAUUUGUCAAAUUAGAGAAAAAAUAUGGCGUCAGAGGCUACAUGCAAAGCCAUUGAAUCAAGUGUUAAAGAGUGGUUGAAAGCCAGAAAUAAUACAAUUGAAAUAAAGUUCUCGGCAGAUACACCUUCGAAUGGUUUGGUAGAGCAAGAUUUCUUUGGACGUUUAGAACAUGGUCCUUCUUUUGUCCAUAGCUCAACUUCUGAACAGGGAAACAAAAUUUAUUUCCUCAUCGGUUUCACUAAGCAAGUCUCUCCAACAACGACCAUUGAAGAAUUAAAGGAUACUCUAAAGUUUAUCACCUUGGACAAAAUACCCUUGCCCGAUUUUGAUUACCCGCCAGGGUGGGAGAUCACCCCGUAUACACCGGUGUCGUCGUUUAAGGAGGGAGUAGAGAUCGUGUCGUAUGAAAAUGGACGACUUCACUAUAAAGUUGACACCAAGUUUUUUCGCAUAUCUGGUGAUCUUCGUGGACCAUGGUACAUUCCUGGGGGGUGCGGUCCCCCUGCGCCUCCAGGGUCAUAUUUUGGUGUGGACGAAGAUAUUCGUGGAAUAAUUGACGUCGAUAUGCCACUUAAAUUUCUUUAGUUGUAAAGACGAUAUGGUAAAUAGAAUAAAAUAAGCAUUAAUUAAUAAUUAACUUAAGAAUCAUAUCAACUAAUUGGACUUAUAAUAAUGUAAUAACAAAACAAAGUUACAAACUAUAUUUGAUAUCAUGCAUUAAUUUGUGUAAACAUGCAGCUUGUAUUUUGUUGUAAAUACAUGACUUAUUUAUCAGUAUAAAUAAAAUAAACUA